AUGGUCAUUAAAGCGGACGAGAUGCCGCCGGCCGCCGUGCCGGCCGCCGCGCAGGGCGGUGAGCAGCAGGAGCCGGGCCCCCGCGGCAGGAGGCCGGCGGAGACGCAGCAGCGCCCCGAGCAUCCGUCUGGCGUGGCACUGAUGAAUGGCAGCAGCCCGCAUGAGAGCCUCAAGGGCGAGAAGGAUGCCAGGCAGAACGGCCACGAGGAGACCGACCCAGGAGAAGAUGGGAACGACCAGGAGGUCAUUGUCAUACAGGACACGGGAUUUACCGUCAAGAUCUGUGCGCCAGGGAUAGAGCCCUUUUCCCUGCAGGUCUCUCCUCAAGAGAUGGUGCAAGAGAUCCACCAAGUUUUGAUGGACCGUGAGGAUACCUGCCAUCGGACUUGCUUCUCGCUGCAGCUGGAUGGCAAUGUCCUCGAUAACUUCGCUGAGCUGAAAACUAUUGAAGGACUGCAGGAGGGCUCGCUGCUGAAAGUGGUGGAAGAGCCGUACACAGUGCGAGAAGCCAGGAUACAUGUGCGUCACAUUCGGGACCUUCUGAAGAGUCUUGACCCGUCAGAUGCUUUCAAUGGUGUGGACUGUAAUUCAUUGUCCUUCCUGAGUGUCUUCACUGAAGGAGACUUGGGAGACAGUGGAAAACGGAAGAAGAAAGGUACCGAAAUGGAACAAAUUGACUGCACCCCUCCUGAACAUAUCCUGCCAGGUAGCAAAGAGAGACCCCUGUGUGCCCUUCAGCCCCAGAACAGAGACUGGAAGCCUUUGCAGUGCCUAAAGGUAUUGACGAUGAGUGGCUGGAACCCUCCACCCGGUAACCGGAAAAUGCAUGGGGACCUCAUGUAUUUAUAUGUCAUCACGGUGGAGGAUCGGCACGUCAGUAUCACUGCAUCCACUCGAGGAUUUUACUUGAAUCAGUCUACUGCGUACAACUUCAAUCCCAAACCUGCAAACCCCAGUUUUCUCAGUCAUUCCUUGGUGGAACUACUUAACCAGAUCAGCCCUACCUUCAAAAAAAACUUUUCUGCUCUGCAGAAGAAACGGGUUCAGAGACACCCUUUUGAAAGGAUAGCCACUCCUUUCCAAGUGUACAGCUGGACGGCUCCGCAAGCAGAACAUGCCAUGGACUGUGUCCGGGCAGAAGACGCUUAUACUUCUAGACUGGGCUAUGAAGAGCACAUACCUGGACAGACCAGAGACUGGAACGAGGAGCUGCAGACCACGCGAGAGCUGCCGCGCAAGAACCUUCCCGAGAGGCUGCUGAGAGAACGAGCCAUUUUCAAGGUUCACAGCGACUUCACUGCAGCAGCAACAAGAGGUGCUAUGGCUGUCAUUGAUGGCAACGUAAUGGCCAUCAACCCCAGUGAAGAGACCAAGAUGCAGAUGUUCAUCUGGAACAACAUUUUCUUCAGCCUGGGCUUUGACGUCCGUGACCACUACAAGGACUUUGGCGGAGAUGUUGCUGCUUACGUAGCUCCUACCAAUGAUCUCAAUGGUGUGCGGACCUAUAAUGCUGUGGAUGUAGAAGGGCUGUACACGCUGGGGACUGUAGUGGUGGAUUACAGAGGUUACAGGGUGACAGCUCAGUCUAUUAUUCCUGGCAUCUUGGAACGGGAGCAGGAACAGAGCGUCAUCUAUGGGUCAAUAGACUUUGGCAAGACAGUUGUCUCGCACCCCAAGUACCUGGAGCUGCUGGAGAAGACCAGCAGGCCGCUUAAGAUCCAGAAGCACAAAGUCCUCAACGACAAGAAUGAGGAGGUGGAGCUGUGCUCCUCCGUGGAGUGCAAAGGCAUUAUUGGCAACGAUGGGCGUCACUACAUCCUGGACCUGCUCCGCACGUUCCCUCCAGAUCUAAACUUCCUGCCUGUUGAAGGGGAGGAGAUGCCAGAGGAAUGUAAGAAAAUGGGGUUCCCCAAGCAGCACAGACACAAGCUUUGCUGUCUCCGGCAAGAGCUUGUUGAUGCCUUUGUAGAACACAGGUAUCUCUUAUUCAUGAAGCUGGCUGCACUGCAGCUGAUGCAGCAGAAAGCCAACAAGCAGGAGAGCUCAGGUGCGCUGGAAAAUGGCGCCUCUCCGGAGAACGGUACUGCAGACAGCGAGAAGUCUGAGUCAGAGGACGGUAAAAUAGACGACAACGUGACUGGACUUGAUCAGGUGAAAGAGCUUGCUGAGACCAUCGCAUCUGAUGAUGGAACAGUGGAUCCCAAAAGCAGAGAAGUGAUUCGAAAUGCUUGCAAAGCUGUAGGCUCCAUUAGUGACACGUCAUUUGACAUUCGGUUUAACCCAGAUAUUUUCUCACCAGGUGUUCGUUUUCCCGAGUCUAGCAAAGAGGAGGUGCAGGAUCAGAAGCAGUUGCUGAAGGAUGCUGCUGCGUUCUUGCUGUCAUGCCAGAUCCCAGGUUUGGUCAAAGACUGCCUGGAUCACACGGUGCUCCCGAUGGACGGGGCUACCUUAGCAGAGGCCAUGCACCAGAGGGGCAUCAACAUGCGUUAUCUAGGCAAAGUGAUCAACUUCAUCACCAAGACCCCUGGCCGUGCUCAGCUGGAUCAUAUUUUUAAAAUAGGAAUCAGUGAAUUGAUCACUCGAUCGGCUAAACACAUCUUCAAGACGUACCUCCAGGGCGUGGAGCUGUCGGGUUUAUCAGCAGCCAUCAGCCACUUCCUCAAUUGCUUUCUAAGCUCCUUUCCAAAUCCCAUUGCCCAUCUUCCAGCUGAUGAGCUGGUCUCCAAGAAGAAGAAUAAGAAAAGGAAAAACAGGAACCUUGGAAAUGCUGACAACACUGCAUGGGCCAGCAUGACCCCUCAGGAGCUUUGGAAGAAUAUUUGUUCAGAAGCAAAGAACUACUUCGAUUUUAGUCUUGAAUGUGAGAAUGCUGACCAAGCAGCUGAAGCGUAUAAUCUACAGAAAAUCACCCUGCUUCGUGAAAUCUCCCUCAAAACUGGAGUCCAAAUACUGCUGAAAGAGUACAACUUUGACAACAGGCACAAGCCCACCUUCACAGAAGAGGAUAUUCUCAACAUCUUCCCUGUAGUGAAGCAUGUAAACCCCAAAGCCUCAGAUGCUUUCCACUUCUUCCAGAGCGGGCAAGCAAAGGUUCAGCAAGGUUUCUUGAAGGAGGGCUGUGAGCUCAUCAAUGAAGCCUUAAACUUGUUCAACAAUGUGUAUGGUGCUAUGCAUGUAGAAAUCUGUGCCUGCCUGAGGCUGCUAGCUCGUCUCAACUAUAUCAUGGGAGAUUAUUCAGAGGCCUUAAGUAAUCAGCAGAAAGCGGUGCUAAUGAGCGAGAGGGUCCUGGGUAUUGAACAUCCCAACACGAUUCAAGAAUACAUGCACCUUGCUUUGUACUGCUUUGCAAACAGCCAGCUCUCUACAGCAUUGAACUUACUGUACCGUGCACGCUACCUCAUGCUCUUGGUAUUUGGGGAGGAUCACCCAGAAAUGGCGCUCUUAGAUAACAACAUUGGCUUGGUGCUCCACGGGGUUAUGGAGUAUGACCUGUCCCUCCGGUUCCUGGAGAACGCGCUGGCCAUCAGCUCCAAGUAUCACGGCUCCAAGUCUCUGAAAGUUGCACUAAGCCACCACUUGGUAGCCCGGGUGUAUGAGAGCAAAGCAGAAUUCCGGUCAGCUCUGCAGCACGAGAAGGAAGGCUACACCAUCUACAAAAACCAGCUUGGAGAACACCAUGAAAAGACCAAAGAGAGCUCUGAGUACUUGAAAUACCUGACUCAGCAAGCAGUCGCUCUUCAACGCACAAUGAACGAGAUUUACAAGAAUGGCUCCAAUGCGAACAUCAUGCCACUUAAGUUCACAGCUCCCAGUAUGGCCAGUGUCCUGGAGCAGCUCAACAUUAUCAAUGGAAUUCUCUUCAUUCCACUAAGCCAAAAAGACUUGGAGAACCUUAAAGCAGAGGUGCAGCGACGCCAGCAGCUCCAAGAAAGCAUAAAAAGUGGCGAACAGCUGGAACCAGAGGACAAAGCUGUGGAGGAGAAAGAGGCUGAGCCAAGCAUGCCUUCUGCUGCGAUCCCCUUAACACAGAGCUCUGCUUAAUGUGUACCUCGCUUAAAAAAAAAAAAAAGUUUAAACCACCCUUUUCUGAAUCUGACCCAGGGUCUUGGACUCCCCUGGAGCAGCUCCUCCUUUUUUGACAAUGUUAUUGCACUGGUACAAUUAAUACACAAUGCAAAGAACUAAUCUGAGAAAUGUAAUCUGUCUGACUGAGCUUGUGUCUGCCACGUGAAGGGGAAGGUGGCCAGGAUGCAGCAGCAUACAAAAGACCCAUCCUAGGUGAGCGCAGCCAGCGGCUGUCACGCCCGCGUGUGUGUACGUGUUGUGUGUGUGCGCAUCUCAUCAGUUAUUUCUACUUUGUACAUAUGAAUUCCAAAUGAACUGUCUUGAGGUAUGUAACAUUUCUCAGGUCAUUUUUAUGUUGACUAAGGACACUGCUUUGCUAAAACAGUACAAAACCAGCCCCAGCCACUGCUCAGCGUUCUUGUAAAACGUGGAUUCCAAGCCAAAAGAUUUAUUUUCCCCCCAGUCACUACCCCAGUUUGUGCUAAGGAGAACUAAGCAGCCAUGUUUGUAUUGCUCAGAUGACUGAAGCCUGUAAUGUGUGUGUGUAAGUGGGGGAAUGUACAGCAUUUUCUACAUCAGGAUAUAGCCAUUGGAUUCCUUUAACCAUUUUUUCUACUUUUGGUUGGCAGUUUGGCAAUUCAGUGGGGUUUUGUAACAUUCACAUUCUAAUUUUCAAGGUAAAGAUAUAGAUAGAGAGAGAGAUAUAUAUAUAUGAUACUCACAGUUCCACCUCUGCUCUGCUUGCAGCUGAGUAACUUAGGAUACUGUAUCCAAAGAGUGAGGGCUUGAUGUUUAAAAAAAGCGCACAAACUUCCAUUACAAUGGAAACCCCAGUGCCUAGGAGAGAUUGGUAACGGCAUCAGAUGCGGUCUGACCUACAGCGACUGAGCAGGAAAUCGUGGCCCUGUUUGUUAAAAGAGGGGGGGAAGAGGGGAGGAAAAGUCAGAGACAGGGACGUGGCCUCAUUUGCAACAGCAACUGGAACGCAGAGCCGAUGGACUUUAACCUGAUGGGCAAGCUGAACCAGAGGGGAAGCGUACGCUUCCCGCAACCUGAAAUUACGAGGCUUCGGGGAGGGGGUUUAAAUAAAAACUGAAGCCUAGGCAGAUGAUAGGCACAGAAGCCUAUGGCAGAUAGAUACCUUCUUCACGAACUUUUUUGCACACUGGUUUUGCGAUUGUUGCCAGGGGAGCUUCCAUUGCUGGCAAUGGAUGUCACUGAAAUGGCAGAUGCCACUAAACGAAUCCUUAGGUCCCCUCCCCAUCACACACACGUCCCAUGGUGGUUGUCGGUGACUCACGCGUGCUCCCCUGGCUGCACCGGUCACAGAGCAGGUAAGAUGUGGCCGCUGCAGGCCACGGUGUGCCGACAGAGUUGAAUGUCCUUUUUUUCCAAACGGAUCAAGCUGUAGAACUUCUGCGUGCUGGUCCACAGCCACCCUGUGCUGACAAAGGAGUCCGGUCUCUCUCUCUCACGCGCGCGUGUUGUCUGUCAUGGAUAGUACCCUGUGCUAAUUUGCGUUGCUUCUUUUACUGACCUUCUGGAGAACAAGUGCUGUCACUGUGCUCUGUACCCUUGGUUUCCUGUACUACAUGACAGGUAUUUGUAACUCUUGGUG